AUGGUUUUCGGGGAAGGGACGACGGAAUUGAUCCCAGGCUUGCCGGAGGAGAUCGCCGUGGAGUGUCUCCUCCGCAUCCCCUACGGAAGUCUCAGCGUCGCCAGGGCCGUCUGCCGGCGGUGGAGGUUGCUGGUGGAGGACGCGGGGUUCUUCUACCAGAGGAAACGCAGCGGGCACACCCGGGCUCUGAUCUGUCUGGUGCAAGCCCUCCCUAUUACUGACGCCGGCAGCGGCGGGGAGGCAGCGCCUGCGCCGUCGCAGGAGGAGGAGCGGCGGAAAAGUGGGAAUAACGGCGGCGCUCCAGCGUACGGCAUCACCCUCUUCGACCCCGAGACGGCCUACUGGGGCCGCCUGCCGGAGAUCCCCGAGUACCCCUCCGGGCUGCCAUUGUUCUGCCAUAUGGCCGGCGCGGGGGAGAGGCUGGUGGCGAUGGGGGGUUGGGAUCCGGUCACCUGGGAGUCGCUGCGCGCGGUGUGGGUCUUCGACUUCUGCACCGGCCGCUGGCGACGCGGCGCGGACAUGCCGGCAGCGCUCUCCUUCUUCGCCUGCGCGGGGACCUCCCGCGGAUUGGUAUUCAUCGCGGGCGGCCACGACGGGAACAAGAACGCGCAGCGGUCGGCGUGGGCGUACCGCGCGAGGGAGGACGCGUGGGAGGAGCUGCCGCCGAUGGCGGACGAGCGGGACGAGUGCGAAGGCCUGGCGGUCGCCGCCGCCGGCGACCGCGGCGGAGCGGAGGGGGAGGAGAAGGAGGAGGACUUUUGGGUCGUCAGCGGGUACGCUACCGAUGGGCAGGGAAGGUUCAGCGGAAGCGCAGAGGCCUACUGCGCGAGGACGAGGAGGUGGCGGAGGGUGGAGGGGGCGUGGCCGGAGGGGCGGUGCCCGAGGGGCUGUGCGGCGGGGCUGGUCUGCUGGGCGGAGGAUGCCACCGUGAGAACGGGAACCUGCGCGGUGGUCGCCGGGAGGAGGGUGCUUGUGUCGGGCUCGGCGGCGCCGGAGACGGCGGCGGCGGGGUUCUACUGGGCGGAAGUGGGAGAGCGGAGGCGGGGGAGGCUGGAGGCGGUCCGGGGGUUGCCGGAGGAGUUCUCGACCUUCGUCCAGUCAGGCUGCUGCAUCGAAAUAUGA